GAAGGUAGUCCUAGUUGCACAACACCGAUUAUCAGCAGUCGCUACCGGAGACGCAUGAGAGACACCAGUGCGAGGAACCAACAAAGGUGUGCUUGAGAGAGCGAAAGCGACUCAAAGGUGUGGAAAGGAGGAAACUUCACAAAAACUAUGGCCGUAUCAGCAACUCCCCCGGUGCUUUCACCGACCUCCACUCCCGGAGGCUCGAGCAGCCUGUUCCGUCCUGACUCGCUGUACUCCAGCCCGGCCGAGUCCCCGCGACUGACCAGCAGCAUGAUCAACUCUUUCAUCACCGGCACCGGCGUUGGCGUCAGCGCUAACGGGAACGGCGUCGGUGGUGUUAACAAUAACGAGUGUAAGAUGGUAGAGGUGCACGGGGUGAAAGUGGCCUCGUUCACCGUGGACAGUCAGGAGCUCAUCUGCCUCCCGCAGGUGUUUGACCUGUUCUUGAAGCACCUGGUCGGCGGGCUGCACACCGUUUACACCAAGCUGAAGCGGCUGGAUAUAUGUCCGGUGGUGUGCACGGUGGAGCAAGUGCGGAUCCUGCGGGGACUCGGGGCCAUUCAGCCGGGCGUGAACCGGUGCAAACUCAUCACCAGAAAAGACUUCGAGGCGCUUUAUAACGACUGCACCAAUGCCAGUUCUCGACCUGGUCGUCCUCCCAAGCGUUCUCUCAGUGUGGCGAUGCAGGACAGCUCCCGUUUGCUCUCUCACAGUGUUCACGGCCUGCUAUCUCCGGGUUUGCUCUCCCCGACAGGUCUGACAGCAGCUGCCAUGGCAGAAGCUAUGAAACUGCAGAAGAUGAAACUGAUGGCCAUGAACAACAUUCACGGAGCAGGAAGCCAGAACGGUACAGAAUCAGAGAACGAGGAACUGAACUCCAGUGCAGGCGGUAGUGAGUCGUCUUGGGAUAAAGAGAAACUCCAGUCCCCCCCUUCCUCUGCAGCCCAGCAUGGUCUGGCUCAUGCUGGCUUCUCCACUCAGCACGGCCUGUCAGGGUCUCAUCUCUCUUCCCUACAGCAGAGCCAUCUCCUGGCUAACCGGCUGGACAUGCCAUUUAUGAUGAUGCCCCACCCCCUGCUGCCCGUCAGUCUGCCACCUGCCUCUGUUGCCAUGGCGAUGAACCAGAUGAACCACCUGAAUACCAUCGCCAGCAUGGCCGCAGCCGCUCAGAUGCACAGCCCCCUGUCCAGAGCGGGCCAGUCUGUCAUCAAGGAGUGUGUGCAGGACAGUCCGUCUCCAGCUCCUUCUUUGGAGGAUGCUCCUCGCCCUGGAUCACAGCCCUCCUCUCAUCCCAGCAGUAGUGUGUCCAGCUCCCCGAACCCACACACACAGAGCCCUGAACGCCUGGUUCUGAACCCGACUGAUGGAGAACGAGACACUGGCGUCAACAUGAAGAAAAUCCUUAAAGAGAAAGAUGAGGCUCAGCUAGCUUUGCCCAUCCAGAAGCCAGGCUUUGAGAAACUUCCUCUGGGCUCUCAGACUCUUCCUUCUGGCUUCCCCGCCCCCUUCCUAUUUGGUGAUGGUCUCUCUUCUGUCGAGACAUUGCUCACUAACAUCCAGGCGGCACAGGGUCUGCUGAAGGUGGCAGUGGAUAAUGCCCGUGUGCAGGAGAAACAGGUGCAGCAGGAACGAAAGGAGUUAAAGAUGGAGCUGUACAGAGAAAGAGAGAUGAGAGAGAGUCUGGAGAGACAACUCACCUCUGAACUGCACAGCCGAGCCACCAUUCAGAAGCGUCUGAAGAAGGAAAAGAAGGCAAAGAGGAAACUGCAGGAUGCUUUGGAGUUUGAGUCCAAAAGGAGAGAGCAGGUGGAGCAGGCCCUCAAACAGGCCACGUCUCCUGAGAGCCUCCGAAUGAGUCUCAAUGAGGCAGUGAUACCAGAGCUGAAGCCUGAACAUAACAGCAACCAGCAGGAGAACUCAGCUGUACAAGAAAACAGACCCUACUCCAAACCUCCCAUCAUGUACUGAGAUGAACCUCUGCCUUCUGUGGUCCAACGACCAAGACAGAUGGACAGAUCACCCCACAGACAGACAAGGGGAUCGUGGGGCUUUUUCUCGAAGGCAAAGUGGUGCAGGUGCAGAGCAGUCACCUGAAACUCUUGUACAGGACUUGAGUGUGUAUGUACAUGUAUGUGUGUUGAGGUGCAGUGUGUUUGUAGUCUUCAUGAGACACGUGUGUGAGUGUGUGUGUGUCUGGAAUACUGCUGUGGGCAACCGUUCAACACCACACACCAACUUGUAUAAAAGUCUAAUUUUUUGACUACUUCUACAUCCCACACAUUUUUGAGACUGAAAUAAAUGUUUUUCUUUGUUUGUUUUUAUGUAUAAAACUACAUUAGCUGAUGAUUACCUAUCUUUCUGUGAAGCACACUGCAUUUCUCUCCUUAAACUCAUCUCCCUUUUAUUAUUAUUAUUAUUAUUAUUAUUAUUAUUAUUCGAUUAUUGAGUGUUAUCUGCUGAUCCCACAUGAUUCUGUACGCCAGUGAUUCUCAGUAGCACAACAGUCUUGACGAGUCUCUAGACAACUGCUCAUAUAACUUCUUCAUGAUCCUGGGACAAAAGAGACAAAUGCUUUGUGGACAAUGUAAAAAGGACUCCAAAUAAGACGAGUGUGAUUCUUUAAUAAACUACAUUUGUUGUUUUGUCAUUGCAAGAAAGGGACUCUAUAUCAACCCGUUUUCUUUUUUUCUAAUUUGUUGUAUAUAUUUUUUUUUAGAAAAUGUAGAAAUAUUGUCCUCACCUAUUGUCGUUCCCUGCCCAAUGUUUAUUAUCAGGUGUUUAUUUUAUUAUCUGGUUUUGUUGUUUUGCAUUGUAUUUUAAUCAUGUUCUUUGAACAUCUUAAUUUGACCCAUGGCAAAGUUUUCUCUAUUGCUCCAUAACUUAAAAAUGUAAAAAAAACAAACAAAACUGUUAAUUUGAUGUUGCUAUAAACACAGUAUUACAGUACUUCCCCUUCUGUUUUUACCUUUGUUUAUAAAGACUUGUAAAAAGGCUUUAGCGUUUGCUAUCCUGGCAUUGUUAUUACGUGGAGACAUUUUUAGUGACGAAAAAGAAAACGAGAAGUAACCUUAUGCACAUCUAAAGCAAGCAUGCUUGUAAAUACAAUGAUGAAAAAUGACAUGUAUCAAUUGAAAAUAAAACGCUGCCUCUUCAAAUCUAUUUUUAAAUAUUGCUAGCGACUCCAUAGGUAACGUAAAUAACAAAUCGGCAGCUAUCAAUGAUGUUGAACGUUGUUUUAAUAUGGCAAAUGACACUAAUCGCAGCCUUGCACAUGCCACAAUGAAUAUAACACCCCUAUGGACAAACUGGUAGUUUUUUCUUUUCUUUGAGUAAUAAAACUGAGAUGAAAACUUUAA